AGCUGACCAGACUUCCAGGAAACUUAGGUUAGGUCAGUUCCCCCGGCUCACUGGGCUGCGGGCGAAAGUAGGAAAGCCAGCGGACCACGGACAGAGUUCCUUAGCUCUGCUCCAGGCCGAUGACGUCACUGUGGAGGGACGCGUGAACCAGGAACUGGAAGUCGACUCGUUUUUGCUCUCCUUAGCCACCCGUACACAACUAAGUUAUACCUUCAGAGGACAACAAACUUGCCGGACAGACAGGCUUCUGCUGGGACCUUCCGGAGGGUGGUGUGCCCGGGGUCAGUGACAGAAAAGAGACCCAGGUCAACAACCAUUUGGAAAGACAACAUGAUGCUCUCAAAUAAUCCACAAAAUGUCGUCCACAAUCCGGUGAUUCCGUAUGUCGGUACACUUUCUGAGAAGCUGGGACCUGGGAAGUUGGUUGUCAUCCAUGGUCAUGUGCCCAAUGAUGCAGACAGGUUCCAGGUGGAUUUCCAGUGUGGCAGCAGCGUGAAGCCCCGAGCCGAUGUAGCCUUCCACUUUAACCCGAGGUUCAAAAGGUCAGGCCACAUCGUGUGCAACACCCUGACGAAGGAGAAAUGGGGAUGGGAAGAGAUCACCUACGAGAUGCCUUUUGAAAAAGGAAAACCUUUUGAGAUCAUAAUUAUGGUGCUGAAGGACAAGUUCCAGGUGGCUGUGAAUGGAAAGCAUCUAUUGCUCUACAAACAUAGAAUUGAACCAGAGAAAAUAGAUACCCUGGGAAUUUAUGGCAAAGUACAGAUUGCAUCAAUUGGGUUUCGCAGUAACUUGUCUUUACAAGGAAACCAAGCAACUUCUUUGGGAACACUGAAGACGAAUUCAGGAAACACACUUCCUUAUGUUGCAAAGUUGAACUCUGCCCUGAGCCGUGGACGAACCAUUGUUGUCAGAGGAGAAGUGAAGAAAAAUCCAAAGGGAAGCUUUAGUGUUGAUUUUAUAGCAUCCAGUACAAAGGACAUAGCACUGCAUUUGAAUCCUCGGCUAAAUGCUAAAGCAUUUGUAAGAAAUUCAUUUCUCUGCGAGAGCUGGGGAGAAGAAGAAAGAAGUAUUACACAUUUUCCAUUCAGCCCAGGGAUGUAUUUUGAGAUGAUCAUUUACUGUGCUACUAACGAGUACAAAGUUGCCAUAAAUGGAGUCCAUAUCUUGGAAUACAAAUAUAGAUUUAAAGAGCUCGACAAAAUUGACACACUGAAGAUCGAUGGAGAUAUUGACUUAUUAGAUAUAAGGAGCUGGUAGUUGGAGCCACAAGAACAGAAUCAAAACAUGGUUUAUACAGUAGGGGCCUUUUAACACUGUAUAUGUAGAAUUCCUCUCUGUUGUCCAUUUUCCUUAUUUUUAAUGUCAAGUUACCUUUCAUAAUAUAAAAACUGAAAGGGGUAUUUUCAAGAAUUAUCACUAAAAAACAGCUUAGACUGGAACAGGGAGAAGAAAUCUGUGGCACAAGGGACAUCAUAGCCACUACAGGUUCCUCUUUUCCCUCUUUCUUUUUCCCUCUUACCCACCUCUUCCUCCUUUCUUUCCCUUUUCCUUGGGCAUUGUUUAACUAUACUGGUACAAUCGGGGUUAAAAAAGGAUCACUAAAUUCUGUUCUAAAAGAAUCUGAAACCCCAUCUAAGCUGAACUAUAUGUAUAGGAUCUGACUUAAAAGUGGCUAAUAAUCUGAUGCUCUCAUUUUGGCUUAUCAGGAUGCAUGGGAUGCAUACAGAAUACACUUAACAGCUAACUGCACCAAAAAAAAGAGAAAGAAAAAAGCAUGACUUGUAGCUAAUUCCUUUGUCAUAAUACCCACUUAGACUGUACAAUAGCUUUAAUCAAUUCAUCCAUUACAUAGACAAGUAUGAGUAAUGAAUCUCCUGAAGUGGCCAAUUUAUUUGAAUUCUCAUUGCAUAUAUUCAUCGGGCUACAACUGAUGACUAUAUUUUACAGAGUUAUAACUUUGAAGAGUAUGAAUUCAAAUACAUGUGACCAUGUUAGGAGAUUCAUUAUUUAGACUAAUCAGGACUUACCUAUAGUACUUUUAACUAUUAGCCACAGCAAAUGAGCCAAAGUUAAAAAAAAAAAAACCUAAUUGGUCUUGAAUCUGGAUUGCAGUUGUGUCUGCAUGGUACAGACAAAAAGAAAUGGGCUCAGGGUGGUUAUUUGUGUAUGAGCAAAUGCCAAUUUCUGAAAGAUAUACACUUCAAAGAUGUGAAUGAUCUUUCAUUCACUUUCAUUAUAAGUCCCUGUGGACCUGUGCUAAAAAUAACUUAAGAAUACACACCCAGGAACUUAGGAUGACUACAUUGUAAAACAGCAUGUCUAUGUGAAUUUUAUUUUUAAUAGUUUUCGGUGGGUUGAAAUGACGGUACCGUGUACCAUCAAGAUCAGAGUUCCUACAUCUUGAGCAUAUAUGCCAUCUUGAAUGUUGAUAGAGUAGAUGCUAUCAGAAAAUGCAGUACUGAAUUUUGAGAAAAGACAGUGUGGUCGAAAUGAUGGGCUAUGAGCCUUUCGCCACUCAAAAUCUUCCUCCAUCCUGCCAUUAGUAACUGAGAUCCAAACAUUUACUCUACCUAAUGUAAUUAAAAUGAAACCUAUAUUAGUAAGUCAAGAUGCUUUACAUUUCCAUCUUCAGUAUCAUCCUUCAAAGCUGACUAACUGGUGGAAAUUCAAUGUAAGUCAAAUUAGGUAGCAAAUUUCAAGGAGGUGCCCAAACCAUUUUAUUCUAUUGAAUAUUGCUGAAAUGGACCAUCUUCUGGGUCUUAGAAAUUUUUUCAUUAUGGUGAGCUUUUUAUAAUAAUAUAAUGUGAGAGCAGAUCUACAUUCUUAUUUUUAAAGAGAGUACUGGACAUUUUCAUUUUUCAAAUACUUAGGGCAAAAACAGCUAAGUCCAAAUGUUUGGGGUCUUUUUUUCCCCCCUCUCUCUCUUUCUCACUUCAAUCUAGCCAUAAACUAUUUCUUCAGUAUUAAUUUUUAUUUGAUGAAAUGCUCUGGUGCAGAGACACCAGCAAAAUAGCACUUACAAGGGUUUUCAGGUCUCCCUGUUGACCUUUCUGGGCAAAGUAGCAAAAGGUCAACUUUCCCCUCAACCUUUCCCCUCACUAAGUAAGGACUGAGGUAGUAUAGAAACAGUUGGCUGGUAGCAAAGACCACGUUAUAUGGAGCAACUAGAUAAUUCUCAGUUCAGAGGUUAUAAAGACUGAAUCUUUUUUCACAGUGUGCAUUAUAAAAUCCUCAAUAAUUCCUAUUGGAAAAUUGUACAUAUACAUAUACAUAUGUACACACACAUAUAUACAUAUAUUAUACGUAUCAAUUAAUGAUAUUGAAAAAUCUGUAAGCAGCAAGCUAUAGCUGGAGGUUGAAAAAUGAACCUUUCAUUUCCUUUGUUAAAAGAUUGUAGCUAAUGAUGAUCUAAUGAAAUGCAAACCAUAAGUCCUUUAAUGUUAUGGGUAAGUUAGAUUUUGUAUAAAAUUUCUAUAUUCCAUAGAACUCUUAAGGUAGCUACUUGAAAGAAAAUAUUACUGUCAUGGCUGACAUAUUUAAUUUGUAUAAAGUCUAUCACUUCUAGGUCACAUUAGAAUAUUAGAGUCCUAGAAAACCACUGAAAUUGAUUUUCUCUCUCAUACAGGCAAUUUGAUCAUCCAUGUAUGGAAAUCUCUGACAAAUCUGUAAUGCCAUCGUAGCUUCCUCAUGGACCUUAUCAUGUUUCAUAGUCAUUUUUUAAUUAUGUGCUCAAUUCACAUUCGUUCACCUCAAUAAAAUAAGACUGGGGUGCCAGAAUGUUGAAAAAAAAUUCCACAGCCAAAUGGAAAAAAUUGUUGGCCUUUCCGUUGUUUAUCUUUUAUUGUUGUUACACAUGCCACAGUUCCCUUCUACUGGCACAGAUAACUGAAAGCUGACUGUAAAAUUCUAAAAUAACAAAUAGGUAUAUCUGAUUCCAGUGUAAUGUACAAUGCUUAAAUAGAUUUUAAAAUAAAACACCUUUUUGGAGGA